GAUGACCAGAGACUGCGACACAGUACAGGGAUGACCAGAGACUGCGGACACAGUACAGGGAUGACCAGAGACUGCGGACACAGUACAGGGAUGACCAGAGACUGCGGACACAGUACAGGAGAUGACCAGAGACUGCGGACAUAGUACAGGAGAUGACCAGAGACUGCGGACACGGUACAGGGAUGACCAGAGACUGCAGACACAGUACAGGGAUGACCAGAGACUGCAGACAGUACAGGAGAUGACCAGAGACUGCAGACACAGUACAGGAGAUGACCAGAGACUGCGGACAGUACAGGGGAUGACCAGAGACUGCGGA